AUGGCUACCCAGUCCUUCUAUGCAACCAAGCGCACUGGCGGUACACGUCAUAUUCGGAUGCCACUUCGGACUCGUCCCAAGGUCUCGCUCAGCAAAGAAGCUCGAGCAGCAUUGAGAUUCACGCAACGCGAGAAGUCCCGUUUAUUCAGAGAUGCUCUCAACGACGCUUGGAGCCAGAUUGAUCAGACAACCAAGACCAUUGCAGGUUCCCACCAUAAAAGUAUUCGACGCGUUCAGAAUAAUUUAUACUUUGGUCGUGGUAUGCUGCGCUCAAGGCGUGUGAAGCCUAAUCUCUGGAACACUUUUUGCUGGAAGAAAAAUCAGGAAAAAGAAAAUAGUGGCCUCGGCAAGGCUGCACUCCAGUCGCUAGUCCGCGACCAUAAGGACGAAUAUCACGCACUGUCAAAGGAGGAGCAAGACGAGCUUCUGGAGGAGUUUGCCAACUCGAGGGAGACCAAGACUAUGGGCUUGCGUAUCUCUGCAAAGUCGAAGGUCAAUGACAUCAUGCAGACUUUGAAGGCUGUCGAGAACGAGCUUAACAGUCUUAAAUGUCGUACAGGUGCAGAAACCAUCCUCUUUGCCACCGAGGGCGUUCAAACAUUCAUGGGUUCUGUGAUGGGAAUUGAUGGUCAGGAUCUGGUAAGCAAGAUGGAAGGAUUCGCGGUCCAAGGAAUUAAAGGUGCUGCCAAGAAUCACCAACAGCGUGUCUCCGGGUUGUGUUCAUCAAUCCGCGAGAUCAUGAAUAGCAAGCUACAGGAAGUUACCGGUGAUGAUCGUGCCAAGAUGCAGUGGGUUCACUACUUCCGCAACGUUAUUCAGCGCUACCAAGUGGUAGUCGAAGGGUGGCCAAACAACAUUCCCUUUACCAACCUCAGCAAAGUAUCGAGUGCGAUUCCAGACCUUGAGAUGCUCUUACGGAAGUGGGAGUCAGGCGCUACAUACUGGAAGGCCAUAGAUGACAUAGAAUUCGAAUGGCUUCGUCGAGAGCGCGAUGAAGGGCUCGAAAGCGGUGAUAUUAUUGAUCAACGCCGGCGCACUCGAUCUGACAAGGGGAAAAAACACAGACAGCCUGCAGGAACUCAGAAUGGAAGGAAGACAGUACAUAAGAGUGCGGAAUUCGUUGAUACUGAUGAUGAACAGGACGAGCCUCGUCUCCAGUCUCCAGAGCCUCAUCUCCAGUCUCCAGAGCCUCGUCUCCAGUCUCCAGAGCCUCGUCUCCAGUCUCCAGUAGCACAGCCCGCUACCAGUGGCAGCCUUCCUUCUACCACCCCUGCUCCCGGGUUUCAGUUCAAUGCCCUCGAGUUUCCAUUCAAUCCCCAGUUCAAUUUGAACGCCCCCGAGUUCCAGUUCAAUACCCCCGAGUUUCAGUUCAAUCCCCAGUUCAAUUUCGAUGGUCCUGAGUUCCAGUUCAACGAUGCGCCUGACUUCGGUCCUGGGCCAUUGCUCAACUAG